UCUAUGGACCAAAAAGUGACGAUGCGAAUUCAGCAACACACAUUCUAGCAGCAAGACAACAAGUCUAUGAUACCAAGAACGAUGACUCCAAUGGUACCAAAAGUGAAACGACAACACCAAUGAUAUCAAAAAGUGACGAUGCGAAUUCAGAAGUG